UCGUAACCGCGGGCUCAAAAAUUACAAACAUUAAAUAUACCAAAAUUAAUUUAUUGCCAAAAAAAUAUAAAAAAUCUUUAAACCCUAACUCUUUAAAUUCUUCAAAAUUCAUCCCAAUUUCUACUUUGUCUUCUCCGAUCUGCAACAAACGUUUGUGCAUUUUUAUAAGGGAACGAUUUUCUAUUGCAAAGAGGGUGAAGCAAGAUGAAAAAUACGGAGAGAAUUGCGAAUUUGGCUUUAGCAGGUUUAACCUUGGCACCUCUUGUUGUGAAAAUAAAUCCAAAUGUAAAUGUUAUCUUGACUGCUUGUAUCACUGUGUUUGUGGGAUGCUAUCGUUCCGUCAAACCAACUCCGCCUUCUGAGACCAUGUCCAAUGAACAUGCCAUGCGUUUUCCCUUUGUUGGGAGUGCAAUGUUAUUAUCACUUUUCUUGCUCUUUAAGUUUCUAUCUAAGGACUUGGUCAACACUGUCUUGACACUCUACUUCUUUGUACUGGGGAUUGUUGCCUUGUCGGCAACAUUACUACCAUCUAUCAAACGUUUUUUGCCAAAGCAAUGGAAUGAGGAUGUCAUAGUCUGGCGUUUUCCAUAUUUUACUUCUUUGGAGAUUGAGUUUACGAAGUCACAGGUCAUUGCUGCAAUCCCGGGAACCUUCUUUUGUGGAUGGUACGCUUUAAAGAAGCAUUGGCUGGCAAAUAAUAUAUUGGGUCUUGCUUUCUGUAUUCAGGGAGUUAGCAUGGGAAAUCAACCAGAGGGAAUUGAAAUGCUCUCUCUCGGCUCUUUCAAGACUGGUGCUAUUCUGUUGGUUGGACUUUUCUUUUAUGACAUAUUCUGGGUUUUCUUCACACCGGUGAUGGUUAGCGUUGCAAAAUCAUUUGAUGCCCCAAUAAAGCUUUUGUUCCCCACAUCAAAUGCUGCAAAGCCAUUUUCGAUGCUUGGUCUCGGUGAUAUUGUUAUCCCUGGUAUCUUUGUAGCACUGGCCUUGCGUUUUGACGUUUCUAGAGGAAACCAACCCCAAUAUUUCAAGAGUGCAUUUUUAGGAUACACUGUUGGCUUGGUCGUCACAAUAGUUGUGAUGAACUGGUUUCAGGCUGCUCAGCCCGCACUUUUGUAUAUUGUACCUGCUGUUAUUGGAUUUUUGGCUGCUCAUUGCAUAUGGAAUGGUGAUGUCAAACAGUUAUUGGCGUUCGAUGAGGCGAAGACGGCCAAAUCAUCUGAAGAAGAAAGUGAUGCCAAAUCUAGCAAAAAGGUUGAAUCAUCUGAAGAAGAGAGUGAUGCCAAAUCCACCAAAAAGGAUGAAUAAAGCACUUUCAAUACAAAUACUUUUUUAAGUCAUAGAAUACCAAAUUACCUGUAAUAGUAACUUAUUCAGAAGCAAACAUUGUAAUAGAUUUUUUUAUUGAGAAAAACUAUUAGUCUUAUUUUCGGCACUGA